GCGAGAACCGUGCGAGACCGAUUUUCUCGAGAGAUUCGUAAAAAGAGAAGAAAAGAAUAUCGCAUCAAGAUUCACUUCGCAACGCGAAUACCCAGUUUAUUACAACAGUACACGGCAUGUUGAAGUGACGAGCGGUUCGGAGAAUUCGUCAAGUCGGUCGAAAAAAUUGCCGGUAAAGGCUGUAAGAAGAAAUACAUCUGGUACGGGACAAUGAUGAACGAAACGCGGUAUCUCAACGAAAACAGAAUCGUGCCUACGCAAGUGUCACUGUUACUAUCAAUGCCAGUGCGAGUAUCCGGAGUGCUACGACGGGACAGCCGAAGCGGGAUGCUGGAUCGACAAACCAGGACUAAAAAGACGGGAACACUGCCAGCGGGCAUACGCUUCCAGGUGCCGGCGCGUCCGUGUCGCGUCUGAGAACACCCGAGAGAAGCCUGCGAUCGCUCGAGAGAGAGAGAGAGAGAGAGAAUCGACGAGCGUUCAAAGACACCGUCGAUGUGAAUUUAAGACCCGAGGCUGUCGGACGUUAGAACGUUGCUCGCUCGUCGUGACGACUUGUUAACUGUCGUCCAGCGUAAUCAUGGCGGUGACCUCGCCACGGAUAGACGAGCUCGUGCAGUCGGUCAGCCUGCACAAUCCGCGCAGAUGGAUGUUCAACGGCUACAUCAUGCCAUUCCUGAUACUGCAGUCCCUGUGGGUCAACUGCUGGGUCUUCGUCUACGGUGUCGACGAGUACUAUGACGCGGGCCUGGUGGGCAUCGCGGCUAUCGGCGUGCUGCAGGUCCUCCUCUGCCUCUGCUGUCAAUGGUCCGUGCACAUCCAUACGUUCGUCAACUGCAGCUCGGAGAAAGAUCCUUACAAGGCCAGAAUAGUGAAGGUGGUGCCUACACCGAAUAACGGGAGCACCGAGUUGAUCAUGCUGCGUCACAAGGAGCAGCAAGAGCCGUGGUUCAUCUUUCAAAAGACCAAGUACCACUGGGACCCGUCGAAGAAGUCGUUCAUGGGUCUGCAGUUCCCCAUCAAUCAUUCCGUGAAGCAUUAUUGCGAGUGGAAAGGAUAUCUCGAUGAGAAAGAAAUCUCAGCGGCGGAGGAGAAAUACGGCAAAAACAUUUUGGACAUGGUCGUGCCCGAGUUCUGGGAGCUCUUCAAGGAGCGUGCGGUCGCGCCGUUCUUCGUCUUUCAAAUCUUUUGCGUGGCGCUCUGGUGCCUGGACAAGUACUGGUACUACAGCAUCUUCACGCUAAUCAUGCUCAUCAUGUUCGAGUGCACGCUGGUACAACAACAGUUGAGAAAUAUGGCUGAGAUUCGCAAGAUGGGCAAUAAACCAUACAUGAUUAUGGUAUACAGAAAUAGGCGAUGGCGUUUGUUAUUUUCAGACCAGCUGGUGCCCGGAGAUAUCGUCUCCAUCACGAGACCUCGGCAGGAUAAUCUGGUGCCAUGUGACAUGCUGCUGUUGCGAGGUCCCUGCGUAGUCGACGAGAGUAUGCUGACAGGUGAAUCCGUGCCGCAAAUGAAGGAGCCCAUAGAGGACAUAGACGGAAAUCGAAAUCUGGACAUCGAGGGCGACGACAAAUUGCACGUGCUCUUUGGCGGUACGAGAGUCGUGCAACACACGCCUCCCAGUAAAAACACUCCCGGUCUCCGAGCGGCCGACAACGGAUGCGUCGCUUAUGUACUGCGUACCGGCUUCUCCACGUCGCAGGGCAAACUCUUACGGACGAUACUGUUCGGCGUUAAACGCGUCACGGCUAACAAUCUCGAGACUUUCGGCUUCAUCCUGUUCCUGCUGAUCUUCGCGAUCGCCGCUGCCUCGUACGUCUGGAUAAAAGGCAGCGAGGAUCCCACGAGGAACAAGUACAAACUGUUCUUAGAGUGCACGCUGAUCCUGACUUCCGUAGUGCCGCCGGAACUACCCAUAGAAUUGUCGCUGGCUGUCAAUACGUCUCUGGUAGCGCUAUCCAAGUUAGGUGUGUUCUGCACGGAACCGUUUCGGAUCCCGUUUGCCGGCAAGGUCGACAUUUGCUGCUUCGACAAGACCGGUACACUUACCAGCGAUAACCUGGUGGUCGAGGGUGUCGCGGGAAUUGAUGGGAACUCGAACGUGAUCCAACUCUCUGAAGCGCCUCUGGAGAGCGUUCAAGUGCUCGCCACGUGUCACUCCUUGGUACAGUUAGACGAUUCUAUCGUCGGCGACCCGCUGGAAAAGGCUACUCUCAAGGCUAUCAAUUGGAGUCUCACGAAAAAUGACUCGGUGAUUCCUAAGAAAAGCAAGUCUCCGGUAUUGAAGAUUAUACAGAGACACCAUUUCUCGCCAGCUUUGAAGAGAAUGAGCGUCGUGGUCGGCUAUAACUUGCCCGGAGCUUCGGAGACGCAUUAUAUGACUACAGUGAAAGGCGCGCCGGAAACUCUGAAAAAUAUGUUAUCCACUAUACCGGAAAAUUACGAGUCAACAUACUUGUCUCUCUCACGACGUGGCGCGAGGGUGCUCGCUCUGGGAUACCGGAAGCUCCCUGGCACUUUAUCCUCCCAAGACCUGAGGGAAUUGACUCGUGAGAGGUUGGAAAGUAAUCUCACGUUUGCCGGUUUCGUUAUUAUCAGUUGCCCUCUUAAGCCCGACUCGAAAGCCGUCAUUAAGGAGAUCGUCAAUUCUUCGCAUUCGGUGGUAAUGAUCACCGGUGACAAUCCGCUGACGGCUUGUCACGUGAGUCGCGAGCUACACUUUACGAAGAAACCCAACACGCUCAUCUUGACCGAGAAUGACAACGAAUGGUAUUGGGAAAGCAUAGACAAGAUGAUGCAGCUUUCUUUGAAUGCGAGCAACAUUGAGCCACGCAAGCAGAUCUGGCACGAUUACGCGCUCUGCGUGACGGGUGAGGGUUUAGCGUAUCUGAAAGAGUAUGAACACGAUCUCUUGUGGAAGUUACUGCCGCACAUCGUGAUAUUCGCGCGAUGCGCACCAAAGCAGAAGGAAUUCAUCAUCGUAACGCUGCGAUCCCUCGGUUACACGACGUUGAUGUGCGGAGACGGAACGAACGACGUAGGUGCCUUGAAGCACGCACAAGUGGGGGUCGCAAUUCUUUCUAGUCCACCCAAAAAAAUGCUUCCCGACAAGCGGGACGACUCGCGGAACGACAUGUCGCCUAUAAACAACGGACCAAGAGCGAGCUCGAAAACACCGAUGAUGAACACCCGCACGAAACUGCAGAAGAUUCUGAAGGACGUCGAGAACGAGUCGCAAGAGUUGCCCACGACCGUGAAACUCGGCGACGCCUCGAUCGCGGCGCCCUUCACUAGCAAGAUGUCCUCCAUCCAAUGCAUAUGCCACGUAAUCAAGCAAGGACGCUGCACGUUAGUCACCACCCUGCAGAUGUUCAAGAUUCUGGCUUUAAACGCGUUGAUACUCGCCUACAGUCAGUCGGUGCUGUAUCUGGACGGGAUCAAGUUCAGCGAUAUGCAGGCGACUCUGCAGGGUGUCCUCUUGGCGGCGUGUUUCCUCUUCAUCUCGCGCUCCAAACCCUUGAAGACUCUGUCGCAGCAGAGACCGCUGCCGAAUAUUUUCAAUCUCUACACCAUCGCGACCGUGUUGCUGCAAUUCACCGUACACUUCGUCUGCCUCGUCUAUCUGGUGAAGGAGGCUACUGCCUUGUCUCCAAAGGACCACAAAUUAGCGGCCAUGUUGCAUAGUAACUCCAGCGAGAAGUUGGACUCAAUAACGGCGGCAGCUAACGAUGACACCAGCGACGAGGAACCUUUUGAGGCGAAUAUAAUCAACAGUACCGUGUACAUAAUCGCGAUGUCCCUUCAAGUCUCUACCUUCGCCAUCAAUUAUCGAGGUCUGCCGUUUAUGGAGAGCCUGCGACAGAACAAGGCUUUGAUGGUGAGUCUGUUGGGCAACUCCGUCGUUAUUCUAUUGCUGGCCUGUGGAUUUCUGCCCAACCUGGCGGUGCAAUUCGAGAUCGUGGACUUUCCAAGCCAGUUCCGUGUGAUACUGGUGCAAGUGUUAGUCGCGGAUUUUGCCUUCGCUUACAUUGCCGACAGAGUCUGCCUGUGGCUCUUUGGCGAGGGAAGACAACACAAGCUGUGAUGAAAUUAUCUUUAAUCGAUGACAGACUGUAUCAAAGAUUUUUCUAUGUAACUUUUGUUACUAAUCUUGUUCCACGUUAAGGGCUGACAGUUUUUAUAUUUAAGAACCGAUGAUGUUCCUGCGGAUACACGUACACUCAUUCGCACACGCUAAACACACACACACACACACACACACAAAAUAAACACAUACAAAUAUAUAUAUAUACACGUACAUAUAUAUACUCACACACACAUACACACACACAACUCAUCGUCUGCAAUCGCAUUUUAUAUUUUACAUCACAUAAGAAUGUUCUUUGUUUUUUGUGUACGAGAGUAAGAGAAAAUGCGAUGCGGAAAAAUAUGAAUAUAUGCACGGCGGUUCCAGGGAUCCGUCACCGCCUAAAGAAUUGAAAUUGCUCACUCUUCAACAUUGUCAACCUCUUCUCCGUGGAACAAGAAGCGCAGCGCUCCGAACGGUUGCUAUUUAUUGUCGAUGUUGACACUGUGUACGAUAAUAAUUGUCAAAUCAGUAUUUGCCUUGGCAUAUUAGCGUAUAUUUAUCGAACACGACGUGGGAAAUAUAUAAUUCUCGGUCGCGCGAGAGCCCAACCUGGACGAA